AUGUCCAAGAAACGUACCCUCGAUAACUUCUUCAAGCCCGUCAUCGCCAAAAGACAGCGUGUCGAAUCUACAGAACCUCCAUCCAACCACACAACCUAUCCGUUUCCUGUCCCGCAGCUACCACCCAAUACCGCCGAUGUCCUAAACUUUUGCCCCGCCACAGAGGGAAAACUCAUAAACGAUCAGCCUGACCUCGACCUUGUCUAUUUCCAGCCUUAUAUUGCCAAAGAUGCCGCAAAGGACCUAUUUCACUUCCUGCGGCGAGAGCUUUUCUUCUACCGCGUCAAGUACAGCAUUAAGCGCGGGCCGGUUGAGACUCAAAUUAGCACGCCGCGCUUCACGACCGUUUUCGGCCUCGAUGAUUCCGCAGUCUUCAGUCCAGACGGCACGCUGGUAACCCGAGUGGCGAAGACACCCGUACCGGUCGACAGAUACAAGUGCUUGCCACGGCCCAUCCCGGGUUGCUUGGACAGGCUACGCAAGCUUGUCGAAGCCGCCACCGACUGCACAUACAAUUUUUGCCUCGUCAAUUACUACGCCUCUGGCAACGACAGCAUUGCCUACCACAGCGACGACGAGCGCUUUCUUGGACCCCGCCCCGCCAUCGCAUCCUUGUCGCUGGGCGCAAGUAGAGAUUUUUACAUGAAGCACAAGCCUGUGGCUCCUUCGCCGGCUGCCGAGAAGGAUGCACCUCCAUUGCAGGUGGGGGCGAAACCAUUGACGCUGGCGUUGGGCUCGGGAGAUAUGGUGCUAAUGCGGGGAACGACUCAGAAGAAUUGGCUGCAUAGCAUCCCGAAGAGGAAAGGGGGAGAGAGCGAUAGAGGGAGGAUUAAUAUCACGUUUAGGAGGGCGAUGGUGAGAGGUGGAACGGAUAAUUAUUAUCAGUAUAAUGUAGGAGUGGGGCCGGUGUUUAAAUGGGAUGAGACAAAGGGAGAGAUGAGAGAGUGGAAUCGGGAGAAGGAGGAAGGAAAAGAAAGAGAGGAAGAAGAAGAAGAGGAAGAGGAAGGAGGAGGACCAGGGAAGGGAGAGGGGAAUUCGGCAUGAAGGUCUGCGUGCGUAGGUAGGUAAUGUUUUUACGUUGGGCGGUGUUCCAGCGACGGAGAUGGGGCCGCUGAAACGUGUUGUCGAU